AUGUCAUGGUCAGACCUGGCUGUGCACGUGAAUGGUCUUAAUGCGCUGCACCUGGCAGCCAAGGAGGGCCAUGUGGACCUGGUCCAGGAGCUUCUGGACAGAGGCGCAGCGGUGGACUCAUCUACCAAGAAAGGAAACACAGCGUUGCACAUAUCGUCUUUGGCCGGCCAGGCCGAGGUUGUAAAGCUCCUGGUCAAGCAAGGAGCGGACAUCAACGCUCAGUCUCAGAACGGCUUCACCCCUCUGUACAUGGCGGCCCAGGAGAACCACAUGGACGUGGUGCGGUACCUGCUGGAGAACGGAGGGAACCAGAGCACCGCUACAGAGGAUGGCUUCACCCCUCUGGCCAUCGCUCUGCAGCAGGGCCACAACCAGGUGGUGUCCAUCCUGCUGGAGAACGACACCAAAGGCAAGGUCCGGCUGCCCGCCCUGCACAUCGCCGCCCGCAAGGACGACACCAAGUCCGCCGCCCUGCUCCUGCAGAAUGACCACAACGCGGAUGUCCAGUCAAAGAGUGGAUUCACCCCCCUGCACAUCGCUGCCCACUAUGGAAACGUUAACGUGGCGACCCUCCUGCUUAACCGUGGGGCCGCGGUAGAUUUCACUGCAAGGAAUGGGAUCACGCCCCUACAUGUGGCUUCAAAGCGGGGCAACACCAACAUGGUUCGCCUGUUGUUGGAUCGAGGAUCUCAGAUUGACGCAAAAACACGACUGACCAUCAGGUUUUUGGGUGUUAUUGGAGCCUGA